AUGGUUGCUGCUCGUCUGCCAGUCGAAGACCUGGAGAAACACCCACAGUUGGCUCGUGACAUCAAAAACCUGCAGAAUAAGACGAAAGACUUGGCUACGUCGCUCGAGAAGAGCAUUCCAGUCGAAGAAAACCUGCGACAAGGCCAGGAAUCGAUCAAUUCGAAGAUUGCCCUGCUGAAGAACGCCCUUGUUGAAUCGCAAGUCGACCCCGCACAAACAAGUGCCGCCUUGGAAUUGAUCACCGAUGAAGCCAAGAAGUUGAGAGACGAGGCAGAAGAACACAAGAUCAACGUCGCUCAGACGAAUGCCUUCGUUACGCACGACGAUCUCGACGGAUCUCUAGUUGAACAGGUCGCUGAGUUGCAGAACGACAUCCAAGAGAAGAAGCGUCUGCAAGCCGAAACGGAGAAGGUUCUUGAGUUAGCCCCGAAGGUCGAACUCAUCUCCCAGUCUCUACAAUCGAUGCCGAGUCAGCUUCCAACCACGCUGGACGAACAACAAACGCUGUUGGAAGAUAUGGAGAUCAAGAAACAGAAUCUCCAGAACCUGAUUUCGUCGAUGAACGAUGCUCCAGCGGCCGAGGAACUCAAACAGAAGAGCGAGUGGGACUUGUCCCGGAUCAAAGACCUUCUCCAGCAGCUUGGAUCUGCUGUGGGAGAUAAAUUGGCCGCUCUUGCUGCAUUCAACGCGGCUCGCAGAGAAGCUGAGGAAAAAGCUCCUGACCAUCACGGCUGA